UGUGUGUGUGUUAGAGUGAGAAAGGUUCGCCAAGGGGCUUCUAAUUCUGCAGUACGGAGGUCUGCGAUGAACCACAGGAGGAGGAAUCCCUACAGCACAGCUCCCCAUGACCAAUAAGGAGGGACACCACCCAGCCACAUGGGCCUCCCCCAAAAUAACCUGCCACUAUUGCACUGACAAAUGUUGCUACUUUUACUGGUGACAGGUUACCGUAGCUGCCCGGCUCCACAUUUUCCUGUAAACUUCAAGGUUAAUUCUCAGCAAGAAAAGAGGGAAGGCCAAGCAGCUGCCGGUGUCUGAGAUUUUCCCGGGUGGCAGGAGCCUGAAGACUGGAAUCGGCCCCCUUUCAGCACAGGUGCACUCUGAGGAUUUACUAGUCCUUCCACAGGGGCCAGCUGGGUUUAUUCUGAAGCAACAUGCAAGAGAACAGCAUUGACCAGCCACCGUCGCUGUCUCAGCUGUUAAGGGAGAGUUACCUGGCAGAAGCCACAGCCCAGCAGCGCCACAGCGAGAUGAGCCGCUCAGACGCUUCGUCCUCUCGCAUUCAGAUCUACGGGUCACUCAAAGGCAAGGCGGAGGACACUAUUGGCCACAGUGACCCCCAGUUUCUAGACCUUUCAGCCUUCCUCAGCCAGGAGGAACUGGAUAAGAGCGUGAACCUGGCCCGCCAGGCCAUCGGACACGAGCCUCAUGAGGAGAGGGCAGAGGUCAAAGCCUCUGUCACGCCAUCUACCCCGUCCAGAAUCUCCUCACCCUCAGUUUCUUCAUCCACACCCAGUUCUGUUCCCAUCUCUAACCCCUCUAAUGCUCCUUCUGCUUCCCCCUCAACUGUGCCCCUCACUCAGCCGGAAAAUUUCACAUCUGACAGAAAGAUGCAGCACAAAGCAUCCACACGGCAGGACAAUGUGAUCAGGAGCAGCAGGGACUUUGGUGAAGGAUUCCAAGACUAUAACAGGUCAGCAAGAAAUGCCCCUUACGGUGUGGAGACCCAGUCCAAGAAGGAGUUCCUCAAUAAGGCAGCUGACUUCAUUGAGGAGCUGUCCUCUCUGUUCAAGGCCAACAGCUCCAAACGGAUACGCCCGAGAGCCUGCAAAGCCCACAGGAGCAGGAUCCCAAACAAGAGCCAGAAUGAUGGGACAACUUAUCCCCUCGUCGCUGACAACCGGGAGCGCGCAGUCAUGUCCAUGGAGGUGGAGAAGGAGACACCCAGCCCUCCCAUUACACACCAACCAGUUGCCCAGCUGGGUUCUGAGACAGGACAUGUGGAGUUUCAGGACUGCUCGAUUACUGAGGAGCACCAGUGUGACUCUGUGCUCCAGGAGGCGGAGGAAGAGCCUCAAAGCUUUGCCUUAACAGAAACUCCAUAUCCAGCAGAGCCUGUGUGUGAACCGCCUCGCUUCAUCCAGAAACUGAAAAGCAGGGAGGUUUCUGAGGGCACCAAGGUCCGGUUGGACUGCAUUGUUAGAGGACUCCCUCUGCCUGAAGUCCGGUGGUUCUGUGAGGGAAAGGAGCUGGAGAACAGCCCUGACAUUCAAAUCAUCACCAGUGGUGAGCAGCACUCUCUGAUUAUUGCAGAGGCAUUCGAGGAGGAUACCGGGCGCUACUCGUGCUUUGCGUCUAACUGCUACGGUACCGACUCCACGUCAGCUGAGAUCUACGUAGAAGGUGCCUCAUCUUCCGAUUCUGAUGUGGAACCGCACUUUGAACAUGUAGCCCAGCUGCAGAGAAACCAACCAAAGUCAUCCCCAUCUUUACCGUCAUCUGUAAAUGAAACCUUCCCUCCAGAGAAGGAGGAGAGCGUGUCAUCCCAGCCUGCAGCGGCCCCCGAGGAACAACCAGAGGAGCAGCUCUCGCCUCCAGUGGCUGCUCAAACAGCAUCUGAACCUCUUCUACCAAUCCGGACAUCUGCUGCUAUACUUCCAGUCUCAGAGUUAUCAGAAGAAUCUGUGGCAUCAGCAGCACAUCCUGCUCAGGAGGAAACAUCUGUGCUGUCUGUGCAGGUGUUUCCUGUUUCAACAGGUGAUUCAGAACUUAGAGAAGCCCAAGGGGCGUCAGCAUUUGUCCCAGUCAUAUCUACUCCACAGCUGCAACACACGGCUUCAACAACAGCUACGUCACAGCCUUUAAACUCUGUAGUGCCUGUCCUGUCACCUCCAGCACAAACACCCCAGGCUGAGAGUCCAACUCCCAACCACAGCUCUCCACAAGGAUUAAACGGGCAACCCAUUAUGGCUGCCCCUGUCUUCACGAAGAGCCUACAGGACCUCAUUGCAUCAGAAGGCCAGCUGGUGGUGCUAGAGUGUCGUGUGAAAGGGGUGCCAUCACCUCGAGUGGACUGGUACAGAGAAGGAAAAAUCAUGGAGGACUCGCCUGAUUUCAGGAUCCUGCAGAAAAAGCCCAGAUCUCCAGCUGAUUCAGAGGAAAUAUGCACUUUGGUCAUUGCUGAGGUCUUUCCUGAAGAUUCGGGGGUGUUCACAUGUACAGCAAACAACAAGUAUGGAACCGUGUCUAGCAGUGCUGCACUCAGGGUCAAAGGCAAUGGCAGCAACAGCAACCAUGUGAGGUCUUCAAGCAGUUUAAUAGUGGAGCCAAGUCAAGUUCAAGAACUUUCCCCAUCAGCUCCUGCUGUAAAACCUCAACCAGAGGUUGUUAUAACCAGCAGCAUUAAGCCGCACUCCAGCACUAUUCGUCUUGACCCACUCGUCUCUAGCACCUUACGCCUGGACCCCUUAAACACUAGCAGCCUUCGUCUAGACCCUCACAACUCUAGCAUGUUGCGUCCAGACCCCCUCCGCACCAGCCUGCCCAAUCUGGAGCCCUCCAGCCUGAGCAGCAGCUCCUGCUUGAACUCUCACAGCACCAGCACCCCAAAUUUAGAUCCUCUCUCACACAAGGACCUCUUAGGAUCCAGUGGAGCACAUGGUGCCAGAAAAAUUUUCUCAUAUCCGAAAUCCUUUACUUCUCCAUCUGAAGCUGAGACUUCAGCACAGCAGGAGUUGUCCAGAUCUUCAGCGACAUCUCCUGACAUCAGUUCCAAAGUUAAGGGGACCCCAGCCCAUCAGAACGGGAGCCCUGUUGUGGUUCCCUUACCUGAUCCUCCACCCAACUCCUGCCUAAAGACAGGCAACCUUACAAACCACAAAGACUCACGAACCAACUCCAGAGCAGGCCGACGUGUGCACUUCAAACUGCCUGAGGAUGACGAGGGUGAACAAAGUGACACAUCUAGUCCCUUUGAUGAAGACAUCACUGAGGCAUCACUCAGCAAAGAACCACCACCAGUGCUGGCUAAGCCUAAACUGGACCCAGCUCAGCUCCAGAUCCUGCACAACCAGGUCCUCAUGGAGCAGCAGCAGGAGACUGAACCAGAAACGCAAACCCCCAUCCAGCCUCAGUCUCACCCACCGUACCAGACCCAAAUCCAGCCCGGAGUCCAGACCUCCCCUGAAGCUCCACUGUGGUCUCCAAGAAUACCGCACGUGCCGCCUUUACAUACUACAUCAGCCCUUCAGCAAACCCCACACUCCGCACCUCCAGUGACCACCACCCCACAUGCGCCAGGAUCAACGUCUGCUGCAGCACUCAACACCACCUUUUCACCUUUUCUUAACACUUCCCAAGCUUCCCUUUUGAGCUCUCCUCCUUCACUUCCUCAGCAUAUGAAAUCCUCACUGGUGACCUCCCCUCCACCUGCCCCACAGCUAAACUCCGCCCCUUCUCUCAGUACAGCACCUGUAACCCAGAUGAACACCAUCCAUGCCUCCCAUAUUAACCUGUCCCCUGCAUCUUUUGCCAAAACUGCACCCACAGCCCAGUUUUACUCUCCGCCUGCACCAAAGCUCAACACGGUUUCUACAGAUUCGACCCCGGCCUUGCAGCAGAUCACCUCCCCGGCUCCUCUUCUAAGAAGCACCCACGCCUCCCUCAUGAAUCUCACACCUACCUCACACUCCUUCAACUACAUCCGACCUAAAGAGUUUGUAACCGCUCAGACCCUCUCACCGGUCAGGAGUCCUUCCCCAACAGAGUCACCAGUACCACUAUUACACGAGCUGGCUGCUGAGCUCAACUCCUCCACGGCUAGCUCCCCUACUCUCCUCCCACCCCUCUCCCCACCACCCAGGAUUUUCCCCACAAGGGUGCUCAAGUCUCCCACCAGCCCACCGUCUCUCGUAUCCUCGCCUACACCGGGGUCAGUGCAUAGCUUGUUCGUCCUAAGAGCCCAGUCACCCCCUCAGGCUUCUUCUCCCACCUCCAGCAGCUCCACUCCGAGUCCCAUCCAAAACCCCGUCGCCUUCCUCAGCUCCGUCCUGCCAUCCCUGACCCCGAGCCAGCCCACCAACUCAAUGGGCCUGCCCAAGGGAGCUCCGUUAGGGCUUCAAAAGAAGGCACUGAAGAUCCGCCCUCCGUCAGCUGAAGCCAUCCGCGAGAGCAGAGAAAUUAUCCUCCUCGACAUCGAGAAGAAGCUUCGAGUUAAAGACGACACUCCACAUUUUGUACAUCAGCAGAAGCUGAGUAAUGAGGGGAAAACAGCGAGCAGGCCCCUUGGACCAAACACUGCCGCUACUGUCAUUAACUAUGAUGAGGAGUAUAAAGUGUCCAGUUUUGAGCAAAGGUUAAUGAGCGAGAUCGAGUUCCGCCUGGAGAGGACGCCGGUGGAGGAGUCAGACGACGAGGUGCAGCACGAUGACGUUCCCACGGGAAAAUGCAUUGCACCCAUAUUUGAUAAGAAACUAAAGAACUUCAGGGCUAUGGAGGGAGUGCCUGUAACUUUCUCAUGUAAAGUAGUGGGAAUCCCGGCACCAAAGGUUUACUGGUUUAAGGAUGGCAAGCAGAUCCUGAAGAAGAAUGUCCAUUGCAAGAAGAUAAGAGAGGGGGACGGGACCUGUGCUUUACACAUAGAAUCCACGACCAGUGACGAUGAUGGAAACUACACCAUCAUGGUAGCCAAUCCACAGGGGCGAAUCAGCUGCUCAGGUCAUUUAAUAGUCCAAACGGGACCUCCCCGAAACCGAAUGACACCCAUUCAUGCUCAGAGGGUGCGAAACCGCAUACAGGAAGUUGAAGGUGAACAAAGUCAGGGGCGCUUUUUUCAACCUCAUUUCCUCCAGGCUCCAGGGGACACGAUGGCUCAUGAGGGAAGACUGUGCAGACUAGACUGUAAGGUGAGCGGCCUACCCAACCCUGAGCUCAUGUGGCUGGUCAACGGGAGGCCCGUUUAUCCAGACCUUUACCACAAGAUGCUGGUGAGAGAGAACGGCGUCCAUUCCCUGGUCAUUGACCCUCUCACUCAGAAAGACGCCGGCACAUACACCUGCAUCGCAAGCAAUAAAGCAGGGCAGAGCUCCUUCAGUCUGGAGCUGCAGGUUGUGGAAAAGGAAAGGAAGCACCCACCCCAGUUUGUGGAGAAGCUGCAGAAUAUGGGGAUUCCUGAGGGAGCUCCAGUAAGGCUGGAAUGUCGCGUUGUGGGUAUGCCUCCUCCGGUCAUCUUCUGGAAUCUUCUCAUAGUCAUUAUACAGCCACGUUCAGCGCUCACCGGUGCCUUGAUUUCAGGUGAGAUAAUCGAUCUGCUUAAAAGCAAACUAAAGUUCAAGAAGUGUUUCCCAGAGGAAUGAGUCUGAAAACGACUGAAAAUGCGUCACUGACAUAUACAACAAAAGCAGCCAUUACUACUGAGCAUUCAAGUAAAAACAAGACUGCAGGCACAAAUUCAGCUAAUGUAAAAUUGCACAUUGUAAAAUAGUUUUCUCCUUCUCAGAAUGAAGUUAUAUUUAUUCAAAUGGGUGACGUGUUUGCUUUGCUGGAACAGCUUCAACAGCACCUAAAAAAACAUCUUCUCCAUUUCCUUCUCGGGUCUGUUUGAUUACAGUUCAUUUAAAUAUUUUCAUCUAAGAGGGCUUUAAAAUCCACUUUUAUUUUUUUUUUGCUUUCACGAUUAUGAGCCUGUUUUGACUCUGCUCUAAUUGGAGUCCUAUUAGCUUAAACUGAUGCCAAAUACAAGGCAAAUGGGAAAGCUCAGAAGCCAAUUAAGCAUUGCUAAUCAGUCCAAUUAUAGAGGAUGAGAGUUCAAACAGGCAUAAAAUUAUGUUCACCUUACGUGACCCAAUUAUACUCGCUGCCUCAUCUGACCAGCUGCCAGGCCUACUUGUUAACUGGGUGCUGUGUGUGGGUGGGUGUUGUAAAGCAGUAAACAAUCAAGUGUUUUGUGGGGUUUUUUUGUUUGUUUUUUUAUUCUUAGAUUUUUUUUUAAGCUGCAUUCGUUACACUUACAGCUCAUUUCGUGAUGAAUAUUGCCGUGAUGUUUUUUUUAAAUACGUUAAACCUGAUAAUUGUUACUGUCUUCAUUGCACUGUAACAUCAAUGUGCCGAACACAGUUUUGUAAGUAACUGUCACAAAAUACAUUUGAUAAGCGCUCACAUGUGUUUGAGGAGAAGUUUAGCACACAAAGCAUUUCCUCUGAAAGCAAGUGUAAUCUUAUUUAAGCUGCUUGUUUAAGGUAAGGUGGAUCCUGAUGAUAAUGAGAUUUAUUAACUCAAUGUAGAUUAAACCUGGUCUUACACUUUCGCUUGCACUAAAGCAUACGCUUUCUUCCCUAAUCUCUAUUUCUCCAUGAGGAGAUCUGGAUUUUUGAGGGUGCAUGAUUCUCUCAGAGCAAACCAAUCGCUCCUCAGAUGUGACAUAUGGCUUUUGACAGAGGGGCAUGGCUGAGCCAUCGGUGCUCCGACAAGCCAAUCGUAUGAGGGGUUGCAAAAAAAGAAAAGGGUGGAAGGCACGUAAGGGCAGGGCAACGUCGAGACGAGCCCCUCAGACAAGACAAGCAGCAGCUGGCAAACUGCAUCAAUCUGUAAUCAAUUAACCAACUGGUAGAUGGGAUUACAUGCCUAACUGCACAGCUAACCAGUCCAUCCCAAAAUGACCAGACAGCAUCAGCUUGUGUGCUUGACCCAAUACCAGAGACCGGCAUUAUGCUCGGGCUCCGACAGUGAUUAAUCAUUCAUAACCUGCCUCUACACCCAAGCUUUGAGCCUGUCAAUACACAGUGGCAGGAGCUGCAUGUCCUUCCUGACAAAGAAUGACAACAGGAAA